UUCAGAGAGAAAUGAACAGUUAACCCCUUCAUACGAACAGAGAAUACAGAGAAUACGAAAAUGAUGCAGAUUACGGAUGUUCAAAGUUUGUGAUGAGAGUUUACGUUGCCAACUUUCUUCAAAUUUUCUUACCGUUGGUGUUGGUUUUGGUUUUCCCCCGAAUACUGGACUACUGCGGUAUAUCUAGAAUGAACUAUAGACCUCGUAGCUCACUGACUCAAGUACUUAUAAACAAGGGCCUGAAGAUGAAUGCUGAGACUGAGAAUGGUGAACUAGUGAAACCAGGCUGGUAUCAAGUAAAUCUUCAAGAUAUCUCAGAUGAGAAAAUGCGGGAGAAGUUUGUUCAGUUAUCAGCUGACACCGCUACACAAGAAUUUGCUCGGCAGAGUUCCGAGAAAUCAGACUGGAUAUUUACUCAAUUAUAUCAAAAUUUUGCAAAGAUAUUUAUGAGUAUAUUCUACACACAAACUGAUAUAAACGGAAUACUUGGACGAGGUUCUAUGUUUGUACUCUCAAGAGAACAGUAUUUAACGCUAACAGAUGGACUGGAAGGAGAGAUUGGAGUUGGGUUAGCAGGGUUCGGAGUAUCCUUCCUUCUUCUUGGAGUUAUUCUGCUCUUUGACAAGGGAUUACUAGCAAUAGGAAAUGUUUUAUUUUUAUCUGGUCUGGCCUGCGUUAUAGGACUAGAAAGAACGUUUAGAUUUUUUUUCCAAUGGCACAAAGCGAAAGGUAGCAGUGCGUUCUUCGGAGGAAUAUUUAUAGUAUUGUUCGGGUAUCCUCUCAUUGGGAUGCUGGUGGAGCUCUACGGUUUCGUAGUCCUCUUCAGUGGUUUUUUCCCUGUGGCUAUCAACUUCCUACGGCGGGUUCCUGUUCUAGGAACAAUACUCAACAUGCCGGGGAUAGGAUCGUAUUUGGACAGUUUUGCUGGAGAUCAGUACAAGCAGAUGAUCUAAGAAUCCAGUAGAUCAAUGAUUGGUGAUCAUCCAGUAUGGAUCAUUUAUUUGACAGCUGGGUGAAAUGAUUUAUUGAUCUGAACAUUAUCAAGUAUAAACAAUCAAAUCCAAUAAUCUGAAGGCUGAGGCUAUGUGAAACCUACUAAGAUAACUCAUUCAACUUGUGCCAGUGAAAAAGAAAUCCAAACACGUGUUUUUAAAUUGGAUUUAUCAUGUGUGUUGUCUCAUUAUUUUAUGCCAGGUUAAACUCAACCAAUGUAGUUCUUAAACAAUGUCAGCAUUAGUAGGUUUAGCAAAUAUUUAAAUUCAAAUUAUUUAUAUUUCAGGUAAACCUGUUUUGUAAUUUUAACAUAUUUUAUUGCAGAGAAAAUGCGUCAACUCAAGGGAGGAAAAACUAAAGAAAAUGCUAGGGAGAAAAGGGAAAGGAAGAAGGAGUUUAUUGAGAUGAAGGAUAAGGCGUUCUCAAUAGCACUCCCUGUGCUUGGCGCUGCUUUUGCACUGGUGGUCAUCUUAGUGUUCAUGGCAACUAGGCCUAAACAGAUGAUUGAUGUUUAACCUGCCUCUACUAUCCUUGGAUGAAUUUGUUAUCAGUUUUCGUUUGGUUGUGAACCACCUAUAUUUAUUCAGUGUGUGUAAUAUUAAUGGUAUUUGAUUUUUGUGAUUUUUUUGUUGUACCAUUUCAAGUUUGUUUUUCAAUCCAUAAUUAAUAUUUUAAUAGAUUCAGUCCACAAAUUUGUUAGUCUCUAGCACAGAUUGCAUAGAUACAAUGGAAGAAAUUUACCCAAGGGUGUAGUGUAGAACGUAAAAUCAGUGAAUCUGCAAAUUAUAGAUCCCUGACGCGGUUCCACAAAAAUACGAACUCACGGAUACGAAUGCAUUUUAUCUUUUCUCUAAAUCGUUAUUUCGAUCAAUCUAAAACUUCCUCAUUUACCCCCCCCCCCCCAAAAAAAAAAAAAUUUACUAGAAAUUAGAAAACCUUAAAUAAGUUUGUCCUGGAAAACAAUUAAUAUUAAAACGGUGUGACCCCAUUCACGACUUCAUCUAUUUUAUUUGGUUUCAUAGAUAACUGUGAUGAUAAGGUCGCUAUGUACAUUUUAUAUUACUUGCCUACUACAAACUCCGUAAUAUCUGUGUAAUCUGUAUUGUACAGCCCCAAAGUGCCUUGCCAACUUCCCUUAAAACCUGAUUUGUACACAGUGUUGAUUUAUGACAAAAUAUUUAUAAAAUUUAAUUUGUUACAUUUGAUAAUUUUAUAUGGGAAAUACAUAAUUCUACUUCGCAA